UUGAAUUGCGCUUUCGUCAGAAAUGGGUUCGAAUCGAUGUAUAUUGUUCGCAACCGUUGCUAUACACAUUCUGCUAGUAGCUGUGGCCGGUUCGAAAAUGGUGCUGCAAGAAAACCUUCGAUCGCAAGUGUUAGACCGGUACGAUGGAAUGCUGAUUAGUAGUGGUGCAAUCCCGUCAAAUGAGCUCUGGAUGCUAGGCUUACGACUACUCCAGCUUGUCGACAUUCAGGCGAUACUACUGCACGGUUCUUCCAUCGUCAUUUCGAACCGUUUAUUCAGCGAUCCAUACAGUCGACACUUGAAUGGAAUGUCGCACCUGUGGGCGGCUCUAACAUGCUGCUGUCUCGUAACGAAUCUGUUCGCAAUGGUCCUUUUCUUUCGAUUUGUCGAAACCACAUACAACACACUGCAGGAUUCCCUCUACGGUGGGAUGGAAAUGUAUCAAUUUGACACAAUCUGGAGUGAAUUUUGGAACGAACUACAAACGCACUCCCAUUGCUGUGGUGUGCAAAAUUAUUCCGAUUGGCAAGGGAUGUUGUGGGAAACAGCAGAAAAGGAGGCUCAAUUUAGAAGGCUAUUACUCUCAGACGACAGCAGCAGCAGCAGGAGUGAUAGUAGAACAGUUGUACUCGUUCCAAUUAGCUGCUGCCGGAACCGCCACCACUGCAUGGGCGAACGCAUCACUCUGGGUGUUACUGAGCUACUUCGAUCGGUUGCCCUGGAUGCCAUGGACAUCAUCAAUCAUACUGGUUGCUUCGAUGUAAUGCGAAGUGGCUUGAUACGCACUGUACGCAUGAUCACUAUAUUGGAUGUGAUCCUCUGCUCGAUGCAGCUUGGUACAAUCUUUUUGAUGAGAAUAUUAUUUUCCGCUAACCGAAACUUUCAAUCCAACACGAUCAUUUGAAGAGAUCCUACUAGC